GCUCUAGGGACUCGGCCCGGCGCCUCCAUGACUGGCGUGUCCCCUGCCGUGCAUGGUGUGGCCCGGGGUCGCUGAUCACGCGUCGGGGUGCGGCCUUCUGGUGGAGGUGGUCCCUGCUGCAGCUGCUGCUAGAGUCCCUCGGAGCGGCGCUUGCAGCUGGGAAGAUGCGGGGCCAAAGCCUUCUCACCUGGGUCCUAGCCGCGGCAGUCACCUGCGCCCAGGCACAGGAUGUGCCGCCGUGGACAGAAGAUUGCAGAAAAUCAACUUAUCCUCCUUCUGGACCAACCUAUAGAGGGCCAGUUCCGUGGUACACCAUAAAUCUUGAUUUACCGCCCUACAAAAGAUGGCAUGAACUAUUGGCUCAGAAGGCCCCAGCGUUGAGGAUUUUAGUGAAUUCUGUAACGAGUUUAGUGAAUACAUUUGUGCCAAGUGGAAAACUAAUGAAGAUGGUGGAUCAAAAGCUGCCUGGUAUGAUUGGCAGCCUUCCUGACCCUUUUGGAGAGGAAAUGAGGGGAAUCGCAGAUGUUACUGGGAUUCCUUUAGGAGAGAUUAUUUCAUUCAACAUUUUCUAUGAAUUGUUUACCAUGUGUACAUCAAUCAUAACUGAAGAUGACAAAGGUCAUUUACUACAUGGGAGAAACAUGGAUUUUGGAAUAUUUCUUGGGUGGAAUAUAAAUAAUAACACUUGGGUUGUCACAGAAGAAUUAAAGCCCUUAACAGUGAAUUUGGACUUCCAAAGAAACAAUAAGACUGUUUUCAAGGCUACAAGUUUUGUUGGAUAUGUGGGCAUGUUGACAGGAUUCAAACCAGGACUGUUCAGUCUUUCACUAAAUGAACGUUUCAGUAUAAAUGGUGGUUAUCUGGGUAUCCUAGAAUGGAUGUUCGGAAGGAAGGAUGCCCAAUGGGUAGGGUUUAUCACUAGAUCAGUCCUGGAGAACACCACAAGUUACGAAGAAGCCAAGAACACACUGACCAAGACCAAGAUAAUGGCCCCAGUAUAUUUUAUCCUGGGAGGCAAGAAGUCUGGAGAGGGCUGUGUGAUUACACGGGAAAGAAAAGAGUCUUUGGAUGUCUAUGAACUUGAUCCUAAGCAUGGCAGAUGGUAUGUGGUACAAACCAACUAUGACAGGUGGAAAAACACCUUGUUUCUCGAUGACCGCAGGACACCGGCCAAGAAGUGUCUGAAUCACACAACACAGAAGAAUCUCUCAUUUGCUACCCUCUAUGAUGUCCUAUCAACAAAACCUGUCCUCAACAAGCUGACUGUAUUCACAACCUUGAUGGAUGUUACCAAAGGUCAAUUUGAAAGUCACCUUCGAGAUUGCCCAGACCCUUGUAUAGGCUGGUGAGCACAUGUUGGCCAGCCUCGAGGACAUACUGAGAGCCGAAGAUGUGUUGUGCAGCGAGCGUGCCUGGUCUCCUUCCAUAGGCUAAGGCUCAAGGCCUCUUGGUUUUAGUCAGGACUGUCCUCAUCAUGUUACAUUGUUUACAGGCUGUUUUUGUUGUUUGUUUGUUCUGAUCAUCAGCAUCAGUUCGACUCACAGGUAAAUUCUUUAAGGGACACCACAUAGAAAUUGCCAGUUCAUUUCACUUUGCCACUGCGGAAAGGGUAACUGUGACCUCUAUGGAACCCAUCAAAGUUCUCUGAUGGUGUUUGAGUCAGCGCCCUGUGUGAUUAAUGUAAAAGUUACAUUUUCUUUUUUAAUCUACAUACUUAUGUUUUCCUGUACACCAGUAGUCUUCCUUUUCCUGGUUCUCUCUUAGAACCAACCUGCCAUUCACCUAUGCUGUUGGUGACAGCAGUGCAAUGUCACUAUGCUUGGCUGGAGUACUUAUUUUAAUGGGCAAUCAAUAGACCUCUGACUCUGGAAACAGUGUUUUGGAGGAUUAUAAAAUAACUAUUAUACAAACACUUUUUUUAAAAAAAGAAUAAGUGUUCUCUUUUUUCCUAGUUAUUCUGCCUGCCAGUAACCCCAGGAAGAGUCUAGCUUCAAAAACUUGAGUUCAAGAACUUAACCACAAACUCAUUAUUUUAAAUUCUUUUAUGUAUAAUCAAUGUAAUGUUUUUUCCUUCUAAUCAUAUUUUUUUAAGAUUUUCAUACAAUAUAGUAUUAAUAUUUUUCAGAAAUCAAUGUAUUUAUGAAAACUGCAAACAGAACUUGUUCAUCUUUCUAACCUUCACAGUUGACAGUGAAGCAGACUGUACAGUGUGGCAGACUGUAUCCAUUUAGUUUUGGACAGUCUGCGGUGUCGUGAUGCUCAAUAAACAAUCACUGUCAGAUAUGUCAGCAGUCA